GAUACCAAAUAGAUCGUGUGCAAAAUUAAGCAGGCAAAGGAAGGGUCUGCCAGGAUGACUAACAGAUUGCUUUAAAAUAAAAGAUGUUUUACACAGAGUCGUCGUAUGACUCUAUGAAGCCCUCUGUCACAUUUUAGUUGAACUGUAUGCCCCUUCCAUUAAAAGCUGAUACCAUCGGUGAGUAGCCCUUGCAACCAGUGAAAUAUCCUAGUCAAUACCAGGCACAGAAACAUCGUGAAUCCCCUCUACCUAAAUAGGAGCCAGAAUUAUCAAUACUUUGAUCACGGGGCCUUAAGAAAUAGAAGAAGCAUUAUAGUCACAUUAAAGAAAUAUUUAAGUUAACAAAUGAUACUUAGUGAAAUAAGACGUUUAAUUAAUUAAAUCAUAUUAUAUUUAUUUAGAUUGAGUUUAUUAAAUGUAUAACAUUUUUUUUAAUUUAUUAUAAUAAAAUAUGGCACUCUUUUUUAAAAUUAAGAAUAUAUAUUUUAGCUUUGUUUAAUAUUGUUGCUUGAAGGAGCGAUAAAUUGCAUAAUUAUGUUAACAGUUCAUGUUGACAUUAAUUUUGCCAAUCACAUAUGUUUUAAUUUUGUAGGUAUCCUUUUACAUUGAUUUUUAAUAACAGAUACAAAUGCAGAGUUUUGUAUGCUUAAAAAAAUAUUUUGUAUGUUUUUGUAAUUUUAUUCUAUUGUCGUUGGAUCUACAUAAUCCUUUUGACAACAGGAAAGAAAAAUAGUGUUAGUAUCAUAUGGAAAUCUGGCAAAUGUUGGGUGUAGACAUCGCCGUGUGCAAAAUACACAAACUGAAAUCGAGCGUGGUGAGGGGGAGCUGAGAAGUGGUUGUGAAAAUCGGAGGGUAAGGCAAAAUAAAAUUCAAUAUCAUGUUCUUAAUUAUUAUGUCCCUAAAAGUUAUAUUACUUAUAACCUAAAGGAGACAUUUCGUAAUUUUUGGUUUUUAUAAUUCUUGGUGUUGUGAGUGAGUUUAAUAUUCUGUGGCGUAGUCUUUCACGGUUACAAGUGCGCAAGUGGGUUUGUAAGCCGUAAGCCUAAUAAAGAUUGCUGUUAACUUAAUAUUAUUAUAUCAUAAAAGUAAAACAAAUAUUCACUUCUGUUUAAUUUAUUGGAUGCUAAAUUUAAACCGCUGUAUUAAGAUAAUCAGUUUUCAAGAAGAAAUCGUGGAAGCUGGAAUGUUAGAGAAAAUUGUGCGAAAGAACUACUGUAAUUAUACAUAAGUUUAGACUUUGAUUCGACAUUCAAGUUUCAACUCCCAGUCCCAGUUGGCAUGAGUUGGUGGAUGUAGCUUAACCGUAACGGUUGAUUUUUUUUUUAAAAGAAGAAAACAAAGCAAAUGAAGGCAUCAUCUAUGUCAUAAUAGUCUAACAUUGAAUAGAGAAAUCUGUAGUCUAACAUUAAAUAGAGAAAUCUGUAGUCUAACAUUAAAUAGAGAAAUCUGAUAUACAGUUAGAGUUAGAAAAUACCAAGCCCAAAAUCCCCAUUAAAUGGGCCUACAAAGUUGGAUUAUUAAGAUUAAGCUUAAGACUGAGACAGCCUAAGUAUUAAGUCUGGCUAUUAUUGAGUAGCUUACUUAAAAAUUUUGUAAUUUGAAGAGAACAAAUUGAAAUGCUCAGAUGACUCAGUAUGUUAUGUUACCCAUGUAAUUAGGUACUUUGACACAAAAUUUAAAUAUUGUCUGAUUGCCAUGAAUGAUACAUCAUUUUAAAGGGCUAGCUAUAAGCUUUACAACAACACCAAUUUCAUCUUUCUAUCUUUUAUAGAAGUGGAGUAAUGAUUUUUUUGGUGAUUUUUUUAAAACCCCUUUCUUUAUCUUAGUAUUUAACUCAAAAAACGUGUGACCCACUUAACAAAUUUCUGCCUUAUUUUGCCCAAAACUUUUUAAUUUUAAAAGAUAAUGCUACCAAAUUUUCAGGAGACAUUCUCAAUGCAAUAUACAACACAAUAAACAAAAAAACUUUUGUAUAACAUCAAGACUUAUUUUUGUAGAUAUUUAUUUAAAGGUAUGUUCAGAAAAAAGUGAACAGAAAUAUUGGGAAAAUCAUUAUUUAUACAGGAAAAAAAUAACAUGUUUAUUGAAUUUUAACUAAUCUUAUUAUGCUUGUGUUAAAUCUAAUAUCAAUUAUUCUAUUUAUUAAAAGGUAAUUAAGUCUUUUUUAUAUAUAAUAUUGAACGCAUAUAAUUAUAAAUAAAAACUACUCAAAUGUUAUAGCCUAAAUUCAAGACGAAGUAGUUUUGAAGUAGUCUAGUUAUAGUUAACAGUUAAGUUAAAAUUUAAAGGCUAGUUACUAAUGACUACUACUAACUACUAGUACUAGUGGUAAUUUUAUAGGCAGUGUCUACACAUAUAUCUCCCGCACUAUUUGUCCGGCGACCAAGUCUCAUGACCGCCGUAACAAAGUGGCGAGAGAUAUCUUGUCGGUCAGCCUUGUCACGUGACUGCGAUACCAAGUAAUGUACUGAGUAUCUUGAAUGCAAAUAAUAGUAAAAAACUUAAGUAAAAGUGGCUUGUAAACAUUUUUGUUUAGUUUGUGAUUUGAGUUUGUGCACCAGUAAUCCGUAAAAUAAAUUAGGGGCCAGUGUGGAGUAAGCAGCCAAUAAAAGUAAAAGAUUUCAUUUUAAAUUGUUACAAAAUAUUUUAAAACUUUUCAUGAAACUACUGUUGCUGAUGAACAUGAUAAUAUAAAUAUAGUAUAAAAUAUUUUACAUUAAAAUGGGAGUAAAAAAUUUAAAUGAGACCGGCAUUCAUACACCAAUUGGCAAUACUCCUCUAAUUUGAAGUAAAAGGGGUGUUUAAUUCAGCAUCCAUUAACAUUUUAAACAAAUUUACCUAAUAUUUAAUGACUCUGAGAGGUGAAAAUGAAGACAAAGUUUUCAGAACUUACCUAGCGCUUAAGGCACUGGAGCAAUGUGUGUGACUGACAACUUAACAAAUCAACUAAUUUAAAACAAAGCUUAUUAAGCCCUAGGUUUAGCUUUUUUGUCAAAUUAUAUUAUUAAAUGUCAUGUCUUUAGAUUUUUAUCAUUUACAUGCUUUUAAUCUUCAGAGUAGAAACGUCAGCAUGAGUGGAGGAGAUUGUUACAAGUGUGGAAGGCCUGGUCAUUGGGCCAGAGACUGCCGCAGUGGCCCAGGUGGGGGUGGUGGUGCAGGAGGCUUUAGUGGGCGAGAUCGUGGUGGUGCUCGCAUGGACUUCAGAAAUGGGAGAGGAGCUGGUGAGGGUACAGACAUUUUUAUUCUCUUGCAUGCCUACAUCAUAUUUAGUUUUCCCAUGGCCUUUAAAGAAGAUGAUUAAUAAUUUUAAAGUUAUGUCUUUGUGGCAUGCAAUUUUUAACUCAUUCCUGUUUCUUGGUUGAACAACUUGUUUCCACAUUAUCACCCCGCUGUGUAAUGUGUGAGCUUGCUACCAUGGUUCAAUUAAUUUAAAUGGGGUGUAACAGGCUGCAACUGCCAAGAUCUAAGAGAUGCAUAUCAUUGUAAUCAGCUGUAAUGAGUUAAUGCAAGAUAUCUUUAGAGCUUUUUUUUUUUCAAAAGCUACUUCUUAAGAAAGAUUUUUUGUUGUCAGUUGCUUUAUAUCAGAAGUUCCGUUCAUAUGUUAAUUUUUUAAUCUAUAAAUCCCUUUAUUUGUAUGUUUCAUUUAGACAUUUUUGUUUCUCAGGCUAAAUUUCAUCAGUUGUGUUUAAAUUUAACCCCCUUAAUACUUACUUAGUAGUCUAAUUAGAUGUUCAUAAUAAUUUUAUUUUUAUUUUAUUUAUAUAUUCCUGCCACAGAUAAAUGCUACAAAUGUAACAGACCUGGUCAUUUUGCAAGAGAAUGUAGAAUGGACCAAGACCGUUGCUACAAAUGUAAUCAAUUGGGUCACAUUGCCAAAGAAUGUGAAAAAGAUAUUGAUUCAGGUUUGUAACAUAGUAUAAAUAACAGUUGUUCGAAUGGACAAUCAGUAGUUUGCAUAUUAAUUGGAAAUAAGCCUUUAUCUGAGUCUGCUUUUAUAAGGGAUGGAGACAUAACUACUAUAACUGCUUAAAUAAAAUUAAGUAUGGUAGUAAUAACUUAAUACUGUAUGUUGAUUUGUAUAAAUUAGGCCUCAAAUUUUUGUAUCAACAUUUUUUUUUUUAAUACAAGGUAGUAAAUACUUUUAAAAAAUUUGUUUAUGACUGCUAAUCCAUUCAACUUGGCAACUCAAAUAUUCUACAUUCUGAAAACUCAGAGCAACAGGAAAAGCUCUAGGUUUUUUUAAAUAUAUAUCUAUCUCCUCAAAAAAACCAACAAGGUCCUUGUUUUGAAGUCCUUAAAAUAAAAUUGUAUUCAUAUUUGGUUGCUUUAUUUCAUUUUUUCAAUGCCUGGUCCUUUGUAAAAAAUCUAAAUGGCGAUCACAGAAAAUUAUCAUGUAUUCAAAUGAAAAUUUUUCUCUAAGCAAUGUAAUAUAUAUCAUUGGGCAAUAAGCUUUACUGGCCUCGUAUAGUUUUAAACUUUGCAAGACUUUGGUGUUUCUUAGCUAGUUUUGAAAUAAGCAUAUCAAGGAUACUGAUUUCGAUGUUGGAGUUGCAUGGAUUAACUCUCAUUUAAUUAGUUAAAUUUACUGUUCUUUAUCUUACCAUGCUUUGCCAUUAUAUAAUUAUAAAAAAUAUUUUGAAAAGCCAUUAUCAUAAUGAUGUUAGUCCAUCCUGAAAAAUUUCCUAGUAGGUUGGCAUUUCAAUCUCCUGGUAUAUGAAUUGGACAUACACGGACUUUAAACGAACUGUUUAAAUUACUAUUACUGAUAAGUGAAACUUUAUCCUCAUUGAAUUGCUCGAGUAACUUGUGCAUUUUGUUACCCUUUAACUAGAAAAUAUACGCUGUUGAGUAUCAUUGUGAUAAAAUUAUUUCCAUCCCAUUUAAGAAUUGUAUAAAUUCUACAAUUCCGGGUCAAUUUACUUAUAUUCAGUGGGUUUUUUUUUUAACUUAUCCGUAAGCUUUAUGUAAAAAAAUUAUUUCCAGCUUACAUGAUUUUUUCUAGCAUUAAUUACAGUUGGAAGUUACAAUUUAAACUAGAUAAUACUUAAACUAAUUUCUAUGUUGCAAAGCUUUUAUUGUUUUGUUGUGAUGAAAAAUAAGCUGAGUAAUUAUGAACUAUAAUACAUAUUGUUUAGAGUUUCCUAAAUGGAAUUGUAAAGUUACUUAACAGAGCCUCAUGGUAGAACUAACCAACAGACUGAUUAAUAAAAGCCUUAUCAAUCAUUUAAUUUGAAAGGUAUAAUUCCCCUGAUUUUACCUUUGUUGCAUCCACGACAGGUUUGAUUGAGGGUAAGAAGCUCGGCAACGUUGACAAGCCUCGGCAGAUGAAAACAGGUCACACAAAGCACUGCCAAUAUUGACUUUUUUAAAAACAAUUAGUUUCAUGUUUUGCCAAAACUAACUUUGCAUUUCAAGAAUUUCCCAGUUGUGAUAGUAAUCAUCGCUUUUGAAGCUGCUGGGCAAGGAACUCCCAAUUUUCAGAGGGACAUACUAAUACUUUUUUUUACACCGAUUAUAAAGAAGUAACAGUUACUUAGAUUUUUCAUUUUAAAAAGACGUUUGGUUUUUACUAGCAUCUGGCUAAGAUUUAAAGAAAGAAGAAUACGGUUAAUUUUUAUUUACAUUUUUACUUCCUUUUGAUGAAUUUUAUUUUUGUUAUAACAGUUUCGAUUCUGUUAUUUUAAUCCUUACUUCACAUAAAAUUAUCCCUGUUUUGACACGUUAGCUUACCAUAAUUUUUACUGUGUGGUUAGAAUAAUAGGUCAUUGUGAAAAGGAGAUUGAAAUGUUGAUCCUCUAGUCUAGAUGCUUAGGUGUUAAAAUACUUUUGAGAUAUGGAAUCCUUUUACUCUCCUAUUGUUGCCCUCCUUAACAUGUCACUACUAGCCUAAAAAUGUACAAAUGAUCGCCAAAUUGAUUUUUUAUAUUUUUUAACUUCUAUUUUUGUUAAUUAGGUGCUUGUUACAAUUGCAAGAGUCCUGGACAUGUUCAACGUGACUGUCCUGAGGUUAGCAGUCGACCAUGUUAUAGAUGUGGUGAAAAUGGUCAUUUGGCCAGAGAUUGCCCUGAAGACCGUGGCCCUGAUGAUCGAAAAUGUUACGGCUGUGGUGGAUUUGGGCACAUUUCAAGAGAAUGUCCUACUGCCCAACGCAGUAUGGCUAGGGAUUGUUACAGGUAUAUUUUUACUAUCAUAUUGUGGUUUGAGAAAUCGGCAAUAUUUCUCAUAGUGCUUUGCUAUAUUUUUUACUUAUUUUAAGGUACAAAGUACUGGUUUAAAUUUAGUUGUUAAAGAAGCUCAGCUUGAAGUACAAAAUAUUUUUCAUUGAUUCGCAUGUUUGGUGCUAAAAAAUAUUGAAUGGUGAACAUAUAUAUUGAAAAAAGUAUUAGAGUAUUUUUUUUACAAACAUUUUUUGGCAAGCACUCUACGGCAAAUGAACUAGAGCUAUGUUUUAAUUUCAUAUUUAAUUGCAAUGUGUAUAGUCAAAAUAAAGGCUAGGAAAGUAGAAAUCAAAUUUGCUAAAUUUUGGCCGACCGAGAUGAGAAAUUAAAAGUUGACUUUUAUUUAUAUUAGCAUCUUUGAUUUUUUUUUGCCAAAAGCAUGUUUAUGUAAGUUUCCAAAACCAGGCCUCAGAAUAACAUGUAAAUAGUUGACUUUAAACACUACUGGAACAUAUUUUUUUAAUUUUUUGUAACUGUGCGGUAUUGUGUUGUUGAGUCAAAAUUUAGUGGUGUCUUAAUCUGCUAUGAAAUCUUCUAUUUUUAGGACUGUUUUCUGCAUUCUUCCUUUUAAUUCUAAAAUAAGAUUUUUCUUAACUUUACAAAUAUUUAUUUUCCUCUGACGAUGGUGUAAAAAUCUAAUUAAAUUUUGAUUAUAUUGACAUACAAAUGGCUUUAUAAUUUGAUUUGCGGCCAAUAAAAAUAGCUGUUGUGCUUGGGCAAUGCAGUAGGUUUUAAUAACAGCACAUAAUUAGAUAUAAGGAAGUCUAUAAAUUUUAUACCUUGGUCAGAUUGCAUUUAUGAGUUACAAGUUCUUCCUUGGGUUGUUGACCAGUGAUUGGUUUUUGUUGUGCUAUAGUUAAAUUUUACUAAUUUUUUAAAAUUGUAAUAGACAUAGUUAUUCUGAUGCCUGGUUGAUAAUGAGUUUUUAAAGAGGUGGCUCUUGUGGAGAGGGAGGAGGAGGAGAUUUGAGAUGGUGAUUAUCAUCUGAACAGGGGAGGAGUUGGGCCCAUUCGCUCUGCUAGAGACAGACCUGCUCGAAGCAGUGGGCCAUAUCGAUGGUCCGCUGACAGUGGCCGUGGCAGGGAGGUGAAGUGGAACUAGGAAGGAAUGUGAAAAAGAGGAAAGAUGGCGGCCAGGAGAGGUGAGGAAAGAGGAACUCUUGGCGGAAUAGAGGAGAGGAGAGAAGUAGUUGGAAGUUGCUUUUGGUGUUUGUUUUUUUUUUCCCCUAUGAUGUGAAAUGGUUGGUAACCAUUUAAAAGUCCUUGUAAAUUUCUGGUGAAAGGGUGAAGAGACAGAUGUAAAUAUAAUUCAGCAUUUAAAAAAAUACAUCUAUGGAGCCUUUUUUUCAUUACUAAAGCUUAAGAUUGAUAGCAAAAGUGGUCAUUAAAAUGUGUACAGAAUUGGGUAGUGGCAGAUUAUUGCACAUUUUAAAUAGCUAUUUUUGCCUUCAAAGUUUUCAGUGUUAUUUUUUAAAGAUCUACUUUUUGCUGAAGGAUUGGCAAAUGUGAUAACCAUAUGGAAAAAACGUGAUAAUUGACAAAUUUAAUUUAUUGCUCGUCCAGUUUUCUGUGCUUACUUCAGGUGAAGAGCUAUUUUCUGCUCGGGUAGUAGCAGUCAACCAUAACUUAUGUUAUAACGUUUCUGUAUAUUUGUAUUUCUUUUUCAAAUAUAGAUAUGUAAGUAAUAUGGAACAGUUUCAUCAACCAAACAUGUCGAAUCCAUUUAAAAAUUAGCUUAAAUUAUUUAAACUAAUUGUCUAUCAAAUAGUUUGUCUAUUUAUUUCCUUUUACUUUUUCUCACUUUAUAAGUGGGUAAUCGUCAUAAUAUUUUGUUCCUCAUUACUUACUUAUUCACUUAUUUUGGACAGGUGUGGAUCAACUGAUCAUUUGGCUCGGGACUGUCCAGAUGCAUCCAGCAAAACUCAAUGCUACAACUGCAACCAAAUGGGACACAUAGCUCGAGAUUGCCCAAUUGACUCAAAUGACUUGGUGGCAGCAGCUUAAAAAGACUGAGCUGUGCUUGAUAAUUGUUGCUCAUAUUUUACUGGAACGCCAAUUUUAAAAUAUUUUUUUUUUGCUCUUCAGGAUUGUGUAUCAGUUGAUACCUUUCAUUACAGUUGUUACUGUACCUUUUUUUUUUCCAUCUUAAGGGAUUGUUUAACUUGUGUAAGCUUAAAUAUAGUUAAAUGUUUAUUACAAAAUAAUUGAAUGGGUAUUUGUGUGACAGUCCUGUUGUGGAGUUGCUAUCAAACAAGAUGCUAUUUUUAUUUUCUCCCAAGGGAUUAACCAGUAUAUAUUAUUUUGUAAAUAAGAAAUCUCGCUGAAGGAUUUUAAACACCAAUGUUUUGUCUUUAUUUAAAAAAUUUCAUAUUUUAAACAAAUUAUUUUCAUUUUGCGUCUCAAUUGUAUUUAGUUAUUAGUCUGAUACAGAGUAAUUUGAUAACAAAUCUUGCUUGUAUUGUUUUGAAUUACUGUUUAAAAAAUUGCCAUUCAUCAAACAUUAAUUACAUUUAAGCAUAGCAAGAUGUUACAUGGGCACUUCGUCUUUUCAGAUUAAAUUUUCAGAUAUUUUUCCUUAUUAUUUGAUGGUAUAUUUCACUCAUGUGCAACAGUUUGAUCGCCAUUUUUACCCCAUUGUCUGAGUGCCAGCUAGUUGCUGCUUUGUGUCUGGUUUUGUUUUUUAAUUACUACUAAGAUGUACAUUAUCUAUCUAAAUGUCAAGGUAAAGGUCUUCAUUUCAUAAUUUUACCAGUUGUAGAAAAUUUGUCUUGAUUAUGUGGAUCAAUUAUUUUACUGCUGAAAAGACUACAAUAGAAAAAACUCUUUGACUUACCGUACAUUAAAAACUACAUUUCUUUACAGUUUAAGGUCUUCAGCAAGCUACCAAGUGGAACAUUAUACAUUUUCUAUUAUAGCUAUAAUGUUUGCAAUUAUUUUAUAAUUUUGAGAUGUAGUCUAAGAAGUAAAAAUUACUCUGUAAACAAAUAUUGUGAUCAAUAGUAUACUUUACAAUGGCUUAGGAUGAAAAUAUUCACAAUGAAAACUCUUGAUCAAUCUAGUGCUGGAGAAAAGAUUCUUAUACAAGUACCAGGCUUGGCAAAAUAAUUUUUAUUGCAUGUAACACACUUGUAUAAUAAAACUUGGAUGGUUAUAUAGUUUAUUUUUAAAUCACAACAUUAUGGUCAUGGCUUGUUUUUCUUAGUUUUAAUUUCACUAGUUAAAUUUAAAUAAAUUAAGCAUUUAGUUGGUUCAUGUACUUUUCUUUCUGUUAAAAAAAAAUAGCUGUGACCAAAUGAAAUUAUAGACAUAAAAUCAUAAAUUUUUACUCCCUGCACUUAGCCACACAUUGUUAAAUGUAAGGUUUUUUAAUUUUUUUUUUAAUUAACAAGACCAGGUUUUUAAUUUUUUAAAUUGUGAGAUGGGAUGAGCAGGUUUGUCCAUUUUAAAAGAAUGAGUUGGUGGUGAUGCAUUCAGCAGAGGUGAGGUUCAUAAAGGCAGCUGUUCCUCGACUAAGUUACAUACUUGGUAUUCCAACUGUUUGAUUGGCAUAUACAUUUCACAGAUUAUUUUGGUGGAUUGAAGAAUAAACCAUCAUUUUGUAAUAAUAAAUCUACAAAAUGUGCUGUGCUUUUUGCGCAGUUAAUCAGUAUGGAAUAUUGUGUGUUGCUUUAUACAAGUGAAGCAGAGGGGGGUUUGUAAAUAAGAAAUAAAACUGUUUGUACUGAAUCUCUUUUGUUGUUUAAUUUAUUUUAAAUGUUACAGCCUGGUAUUAAUCUGAAUUCUUUAAAUUACAUAUAAAAACAUUGAAAUUGGAAAGAGCUACUUUAUAAGUUGGUGAGCUGUGCAGUGUUCUAUAACUGUACUCUAUAACAGUGAUUGGAAUUCCCAAGAUGCUUUUAAGUAAAGUAGACCUUAAAAAAUAUAUGGCUUUCUGUUUAAUUUUGUAACACUGUUCAUUAUUGUUAAACUAAGGAUUAGCCAAGUUCAUAAUGAAUAGGAAGGGAAAAUGAAGUAGGUGUCAAUUUUCAAUACUAUUUAUAUGACGCAUUAGUAUUCAGCAGUUUAUCCAACUAGCUUGCAAACUCCAUCGACAGAAAAAGGUUCAUUAUUUUUCAACAGUUAUAAACUAAGCAGGUUCUGGUACCGACAUUAAUAUCUGCUGAAGCAUGACUGAGCAGGACGCUCUUGCACUGCCGCUCACGAAGAACAGCGUCCAAGACCCCGAUCCGACACAUUCGUAACCGUUAAAGUCAAACCAGGAUCAAGGACCCCCCCAUUGAUAAGCAAUGGAUGCGGAUUAGGUACCAGACCUUGAUUAAAGUUAAGAUUGGUGGUACUGUCAUGAUUUACUAGGUAAAUGAAAGCCAUAUGCUGAUCACUGUACCUGUAUACCGGUACUAUGGAGUUGAAAUGCUAAACUCUGAAAAAGUUUUUUUAAAAGAUUUUUUUUUUUUUUUUAAAUCAGCUUUUAUUAACUUUUAAAUUUUAAUUGGCCAGAGACUGGGGAUUUUUAACCUUGCACUUUUAAAUAUUCAUUUGUUAACCAUUACCUCAAUCAAUGAACCAACACCCAGGGGUUUACAAAGAGUGUGCCCUAUCCACGGCCAUCAUUUCCUUGUGAUGGCUUAAGCAAGAGGCACUUGAUAUGUUUUCUACAAUACCGAAAGGCUUUGUUGAUGAUGUUUGGAAAUUUUAUGUUCAGUUUUCAGUAUCUUUCUCAGGCAGGUGUUUGUAAAGGUCUAUAUUUUCACUGUCCGCCAAGUUUUGACUAUAGAAAAGGAAUUAGAAAUUUGUAUUGAAAAUAUUAAAAAUUUUUUUUUUAACUUCUGAAUCCCAGAUUUUCUCCACAAAUGCUGACUGCUGACCUUGCCUUUCUAAUUCUGGACCUGAAAUCUGCUUCAUUUAUUUCAAGGUAUUACAUAAACAAGCAGGUGAAGGCCUCCAUAUCUUCCUGUUCAUGUGUACUUGGUCAGUUGUCUUGCUUCUAUAUUAUAUAUUUCGGUCCAAACUGUGCAGAAAUGGUGGAUGCAUCUCUUGCCUUUUUUGUUGGUUGCGGGACAGUAUUGCAAUUGUUAACUGCACUGUCUAGUAUAUUCAGUAAAGUUGAGGUUAUUCGACUAAAUGAAAGACAUCAGCUGUGAAAUUCACAUAAAAUUGUAUUUUUCAUGAUUGGAGAAAUAAUCCCUUCCAGCAGCCAUUUGGGCAUGUGCCCUUCGGCUGGAGGCCAUAAUGAAGAAUUUUCACAAUCUUCAUACUUCAUAGUUGUUUGUAUAGAUGAAGAUGGUGUUGGUGUAGUCUGGUACCGAUAUUUUUGGUAGGUAGUUAAGGUGUAAGUCCAGAGGUGCUGGGCAGUGGAGAUGGUGAUGUAUUACUGUCUCAUUUGGGUGUCUGCAGAGGGGUCACAAGAUAAAACACCAGUGUGCCACCCAUGCUGAGAUAUCAUCUUCUUAAAGUUACUUAAACUCCAUAUUUUGAUCAUAGUGAAAAGUAUCAGAAUUCAAAAAAUGCAUCUGACAAAAAAAAUCUCUAUUUAAAAGUGACCUGAAAGAACAGGUUUUGACUGAAGAGCUAAAUAAUUCAGACAUGAAAGAGCAGGAUUUGAAUGAAAUAUCUUUCUCACUGUUUUCGUUCCAAGUCAAUU